ACAAUCACCUCUCCACAUAUCUAGUCCUCCUCAGCCCCCGCUCCCAUCAAGUUCUUCCACAGCGUAGCAAGGCAGUAGAUCCGAGAGGGUGCCGCCGCGAUGUCCGACGUGACGGCGGUGAUGGAUCUGGAGGUGGAGGAGCCGAAGCUGGCGCUUCCACCGGGCUUCCGGUUCCACCCCAUCGACGAAGAGGUGGUCACCCACUACCUCACCCGCAAGGUCCUCCGCGAAUCCUUUUCCUGCCAAGUGAUCGCCGACGUCGACCUCAACAAGACCGAGCCGUGGGAUCUCCCCGGGAAGGCGAAGAUGGGCGAGAAGGAGUGGUUCUUUUUCGUGCACAAGGGCCGGAAGUACCCGACGGGGACGCGCACCAACCGCGCGACGGAGAAGGGGUACUGGAAGGCGACGGGGAAGGAUAAGGAGAUCUUUCGCGGCAAGGGCCGGGACGCCGUCCUCGUCGGCAUGAAGAAGACGCUCGUCUUCUACACCGGCCGCGCACCCAGCGGCGGGAAGACGCCGUGGGUGAUGCACGAGUACCGCCUCGAGGGCGAGCUGCCCCAUCGCCUUCCCCGCACCGCCAAGGACGAUUGGGCUGUUUGCCGGGUGUUCAACAAAGACUUGGCGGCGAAGAAUGCUCCGCAAAUGGCGCCGGCGGCCGGCGGGGCCAUGGAGGACCCGCUCGCCUUCCUCGAUGACUUGCUCAUCGACACCGACCUCAACCUGUUCGACGACGCGGACCUGCCGAUGCUCAUGGACUCUCCGUCUGGCGCUGACGACUUCGCCGGCGCUUCGAGCUCCACCUCCAGCGCCGCCCUGCCGCUCGAGCCGGACGCGGAGCAUUUGACUAUCAAGAUGGAGCCGCCGCCGCAGCAGCAGCAGCAGAUGCAGAGCCCAGACUACUUCAUGCCGGCGACGGCCAACGGCAAUCUUGGCGGUGCCGGGUACUCAACCUACCAGGCUGUGGUGGACCAGCAGGCCGCGAUCCGCAUGUACUGCAAGCCGAAGGCGGAGGUAUCGUCUUCGUCGGCGCUGGGCUUGGACAUGGGGGCGCUCGCCGGCGCGGACACCUCGUUCCUGAUGCCGUCGUCGCGGUCGUGCCUCGAUCUGGAGGAGCUGUUCCGGGGCGAGGCUCUCAUGGACUACUCCGACAUGUGGAAGAUCUGAUUGAAUCCAUCCAUCUAUUCGCUGGAUUGGAGCGUCUCAGUUUGCUGGUAGCUAUAGAUGGUUAUUUGGUUGAUGCAUGCUAGCUCUUCGACUGAUUAGUUGCUUCGUUAACUUUCGAUUAACCGCAAAAAAAAACUUUCGAUUAAGGAUUGAGUUCAUUAGGCGGUGGUGAUUCGAGGAGGAUCGUCGGGUGUUUGCUGAUGCGUGCAGGCAUAAUGAUGGCCUGUGAGUGGAGAGAGUGCUGAUUAAUCUUUAGGGUGUGUAGUUUGUACAUAGGUACCUGAUUGCCAGCAUACAGUUUAGCGAUUAAGGGAUGAACCCGAUCGUGUUGGUCGAUAAAUCUGAUUGCGUGUUGA